AUUUUAUUUCGUUAAGAUGUUAAUACUUGUGUGUUUAUUUGCAAUUAUUUUAAAAACUACCGCUUUUAAUUUGGAUUUAUAUAAUGCAGUUAUUUUCGAAGAUCCAAAAAUGGAAGCGAAUGGCAAGAGUGAAUCCUAUUUUGGUUUUUCAGUUGCAUUGACUAACCAUUUGAAAAACAAAACAGGAAGCAUAUUUAUUGGAGCACCGAAACAAACAAAUCCAAACCCUAAAAUUGAAAAAAGUGGAGUAAUGUAUAAAUGCUCCUUUACCCAAAACUGUACAACAUUAGAUUUCCCAUUAGAUUCGUUUAAAAGUAAAUUUGUUGCAAUGCAAAAUGCGUUUAUUGGAGGAAGCGCAGAUAUUAAUAGUAAUAACGAGUUACUUAUUACCAGUGCUUCUUAUAGCUAUUAUUAUCAUGACAAACCUAAUUAUUAUAUAAAGGGAAUAUUGUUUUUAACAAAUUUAACAAAUGAAAAAACGUCAACUAUUUAUCCUUUUGAGAAAGAAAGAAACAUUGAAGAGGUGGGAGGAAUUCAAACGGCUGUUUACGGACGAGCUCAAGCUGGAUUUUCCGUUCAUUUUCCAAAGAACGAUCAUGAUAGUUUAAUGUUGGGAAGCCCAGGAUAUCUCGCGGGAAGAGGAACCGCCGUUAAAACGAAUUUAAACAAUGGCACCUAUAUUGUUCCCAGUUUAGGAGAUAAUUACUCAUUCUUCACAGGCUAUUCUGUUUCUUCUGGUAACUUUUUUAAAAAUGAUACCACAAAUUAUGUUGUGUCUGCACUUUUAGUUAAUGAUGCCUAUGGAAAAAUAAAAAUAUUCGAUUUUCCACCCAAAUCAACAAAACCUGAAGAUGAUCCUGGAAUCCCUGGUAAUCGUAUAAAAAAAGGAACACAGCGUGGCGCAGGAUUCGGGUACUGCAUCGCCACAGGAGACAUCGACGGUGACCAUUUGGACGACAUUGUCGUAGGGGCGCCAUUCUACAAAACCAAAACGUUUAACGAAGGAGCCGUUUAUGUUUUUCUGGGUAGUACAACAGGAAGUCUAAAAAACCCCAAAGAAGGUUCCUUGAUCGAACGCCAACAUAGUAAUGGACAAUUUGGUAUGUCAGUUAUGUUUUUGAACGAUAUUAAUGCUGACGGUUUUGGAGAUGUUGCUGUGGCCGCCCCAUUCCAAGACGAUGGUGUGGUGUACUUGUACCAUGGUAGUAAAAAUGGAUUAAAAACAACGUCAGCUCAAAUCAUAGAAGGAAAAAGCUUAAAGCCGGGUUUAAGAGGAUUUGGUUUUAGUAUGUCGAAACCUUGUGAUGUUGAUAACAAUAAGGCAAGCGAUUUGGCGAUUGGUUCGUUUUUGUCCGGACACGCGGUAUAUUUACGGGGAAGACCUGUGGUGGUUGUGACAACUUCCUUUGAAACAUAUCCGCCAUUUUUGGAUAAACAAGCCAAACAUUUCAAUAUAACAUUGAAAUACAGCGUUGAGAAUAAACACAACCCGAAACAGGCUAAUUCAAAAAUAUCACUAACAAGAAUCAUAGACUUAGACGGAACGUCUUUUAAACCCCCACCUAAGAAAAUUGACGUAAUUAUUGGAAAGCCACAAUACGAAAAUAUAACAAUCAAAAUGAGCAACGUAAAUAAAAACUACGUUGAAGUAAAAUUGACGUAUGUUUUUGCCGACGCACAAAAAAAAAAUAACAGACCGAGUAAAAUGUUGAUAAAAAAUGGGGACACUAGGAAUUUUUCUGGAGGCGAUACCUUUUGCCCGAGUUGUCCAGUGAUAGACGUGGAAAGGUCCAGCGGACCAAUCACAAUCAACAUAUCUUUAAAUCUAGAGUGCGGAAGCGUUGGUAUCUGUAAUUCGGAUUUGAGUUUAGAACUUAAACUGCUUGAUCUGUUUAACGAUACAUAUAUAACGGGUACUAAAUCUAAUGUUAGACUGGAGGUUAUUAUUAAAAAUGCUGGAGAUUAUGCUUAUUCGAACGAUAUAAUAGUUAAACUACCAAAGCAAUUAAGUUUUUCCAACAAAAUGUAUGAAUGUAGCCCAGUUCAAAGUGAAACAGAAGCAAUAAAAUGCCCAGUGAUCAAUAUAAAUAAAGGGGAAACCGAAAUGGUAAAAUUUGAUUUGGAUUUAGCGGAAGUGAACAAUGGAUAUUACAGCGAACCCCUUUUGAUUACCGUGGACCUAAAAACAAAAAGUGAAAAUGUAAACAAAAAUUUGACCAAAGAAAUAUCUAUGCGUUUACACAGAGACGCUGAUAUUUAUUUGGACGGUUCUUCAGAAAAACCAUUGUAUGAAUUUUCCAAAGAUGGGUCGACCAAUUUUACACAAGUUUACAGGGUUGGUUUAGAUGGUAUAAGUUCAAUAGAACAAAUCCAAGUGAAAAUAAAAAUGCCGUUUUAUUUUACGGUGGAUAAAACUAUACAGUUUGCAUAUUUAGUAGAUAUUCCAGAUGAAUGUGAGAAAACAGCUAAAAAUAUUCCAAAGAAAAAUGAAAAGGUAAAACCAGACUGGCUAUCAGAGUUAAAAUCUAGCAAGGUCAUUUCUUUAAAUUCUUCAUUAAAAUUUAUUGAAUCCAAGGAAAUAAUUUGCACACUUGGACCAUUUAAUGAAAAUGUUAAAGACAGAAACAUUAAGUUUUUAAUGCAAAUAAAUGAAAAUGCUGUUAAGGGUGUUUUAGGCAAAAAAAUGAGCCAAAUCAAGUUUGAAACGUAUGGGGAGGCAAACAUUGUACCACAUGGUGUAUUUAAAGAGUCAGGGAAUAGAUCCAAUAGUUUUACCGUAUCUACCCUAUUUGUGUAUAAAAUGGAAUCAAAAAUCCCGUUUUGGUAUAUUAUUGCAGCCGUUGUAGCUGGAACUUUAGUACUACUUGUAAUCGUUGUUGUUUUGGUAAAAAUUGGAUUUUUUAAAAGAAAAAUGAAGGUAGAACUUGACAAACGCAAAGAGGAAUUAUGCCAAAAUGAAAAUGUUAAUGAUUUAAAAGAAAAUAACGAAGAUCAUUUUCAUACAUUGCCUGAGGGGCUUGCCAAUUCUGCCAGUUAUAUUUUAGAUGAUGAUGUUAUAGUUGAAGAGUGUUCUACAUAAAUCUAAUUUAUUAAAUUAUACAGCUUUAAUUGUAAUAUUAUUAUAAUAAGUGGUGA